GCUCAUUGGGCGGGUAGAGCUCUUGAGAUGCCUUAUUGGAGAGCUGCAAGAUAUGGUAAGAUUGAUUUCAUUGGAAAUCAUUGAUUGAGAGUUGUUUCAAUGGUUGUCAUUGCCAAAACGUGUGAAGCCUGGUCUGAAAUUUGGUGACUUUGGGUGCCCCAGGAGAUGUACCGUCUUUCCGCAGUUUGUUGCCCUACAUGAAAUCACCCAAGGGUCCCUCAGCUUUGUCGUUGCACACAGGCAGAAGACGUCCAUCCUUCGAAGAAACCGUUUCUUCCAUCGUUUUUCCGGCCUUCCACAUCCGCCGAUCUACCCCUGCCUCAACGGUCUACGCACCCCAGUCUCGGCAAAGGCGACCGUUUCUCGGCAGUCCUAUGGCAAUUCCAUGGAGUCGAACUGGGAUAAGUGAUGCAUAAGGCAGAAGAAUGUGACAUGAGCAGGUUGACAAGCUUAUACAUAUCGUUAUCUCGUUGCAGGUUGAACCUAGCCGCAAUCGAAUUCAGUUUUCUCAGCCGAGCUGAACAUUUCCCAAGUUUUCGCUGGCCGCAAUCAAUAUCCCAGACACUCCAUGUAUGGUGAUGUAUGGUGCAGAGUGGAUACAGUAGUGGAUACAUGUGGAUACUAAUACACUUCAGGGUGCAUGCGUAUCUUGAGGUGCUUUGGGGGAAUCACCGAUGCCGGAAUAGAAAAACCAAAGGAACGGCAUCGGUGUAUGGGGAGUCCAAAUCGGAACGACCCCUUGCGUCGACCCCAUGCGGCCCGGCUCAAGCUCGCCAGCGGCUUCCAGCGGAGCAGAGGGAAUGACCGAUGGAAAUGUGUCCAUCGGCUACACGUGCACACGCAAGGAAGUUCUUGAGGCCUACAACAAGGAACAUCCAGAAGAGAUGGUCAAUGUAGAUUUCCAGGGUUUUGUGGACGAGGAGUUGUAUGAAGUGAUUGUUUGGCUUGACUCGAUCUUGGACCGCUUCUAUGCUGUAGAUAACAAGAGGAAGAAGCUGAAAUACGCGCAUCAAGCCUAUCAACAAAAAGUCUUUCAUUAUCGCUUCGAAAUGGACAAAUUCUUCCUGGGUUUCUAUGUGAUGAACUUCCGGAGUUCUGAUGGUGGCAACUUUUGCGACAUGGACCUGGAUCAAUUCCAGCUCAACGACCACAAGAAGAGGACUCUGGACGAGGCACUUGGGGUCGUGGGUUGCGAGACGAGGGGUCGGCCCUUGAAGCUGGCAGUGCAAUCCUGAAGCAGCUGAAGUCACAGGCUCACGUCGCGAUCCUUGGUCGGCGCGAGGCCGGUCUCACCGGCGGAGAAGAGCACUUGCAAGCUGACCCAGCAGACCGUCAAUGCGUGGGUCAAACUCUUGUGGCUUGAGUUUGUCAAGUUGUAAACAUGUUUUCACAGAUGAUUUCCAGCUUUCAUGAUCCUGACCGUGUGCAAGACACGUGUAUUCUUGGAAUUGAACACUGCGUGGUGAAA